CAAAAAUGGCAGCUUCCUAACUUUUGAUGGUUGUAUAUGACUUGAUGGACUUGAUCAAGUAACUACGCGAUCGCUUUACACACGAGGGUUGCGUCUUAUUGAUAAAAAUCUACAUAAACGAACAUGACGUCUGUAUCACGAGGCAGAGGAUGGGCAACGGCAAAAAAUCGCGAGGCUGUAUUGCGGAGGCCAGGACCAGUUGAAUCCCAAAAACCUCCUGACCACCUCAAGCUCAUUGGCCAAAUCGACAGUCUCAGCAUCUAUAGUGCCACUCCGAUGUCCAAGAUAGACGAAAUCGAUACGUUGAUCCAGGAUGCGGCAAGGCAGAAAGGACUGAGGUCUGUAUUCGAUGCACUGCAUUCGCAGGCGUUGGAGGAUAGACAAUUUGGAAUUAAGCUGGCCAUGCUCUUUAGUUACAACAAAAUUAGCGACCAGCAGGACGAAAAUGGUACAAAACUGAGAAGUAUUUUGUUGUCUACAUUGCAGCAGGAUUACGAAAAAAAGGAUGAAACUAGAGAGAAAUGUGUGAUGCAUUACUUGAAUGCCAUGUCUCUCUUAGGCGAAGUUUAUUAUCAAGUGCGACUAACGACUGGAGAGCCAUUGCCGUUGAUCGGAGUGCCUUUGCUUGAAUAUAUGAAGGCUCUGCUCCAGUCCGCGUCUGAAGAAGACAUUGAACUCGUUGCCACUCAGCUGUCAUUGAAUGGGAAAAAAAUCCGAUCGUCAAAUCAAGCAGAACUCGAGCGAUUUCUUAUACAUGUAAGAACAGUUUUGGUAAAUCGUAAUCUGAGUUCUCAAUCUCGCGGGAUGUUACUGCUCGCAGUUGAUUUGGCUAAUCAAUCAUACGAGCCGCUGUCGGGUGAUCUGCAAGCAUUUUAUUUAGCUCAACUUGGUGAGGAAGCAAUGAUGCAGCUACAACGUUACCAGAAUAUUAAGAAUAUCGUUAAACCAAAGGACCAAGUGAAUGAUACUGCGAGAAACACCGAGUAUGAUAGUAAUCGCAAAGAACGAUUGAGUAACGCGGGCAGCGGUGUUGGAACCUUGGCGAAAUCAUUGAAUGUGGAAGAAAGUGCAAAAUUCGAGAUUUCUCCGAAGUCUUAUGAGCAGAAUUCAUCUGGGAUGAUAAAUUCUCAGCUCGUCAACUCGUCUCACCAAUCUCAACCGUCUUUGCCGAGGGCGAUCCGAGGAUUAGGCAUAAGAGAGAACAGAAAAGAAAACACAGGGGACAGAAAAGUAAAAGGUAAAAAGGACAAGCUUACCGACGAGCAAGUCUGGUCAUCCAAGCAACACAAUUCCAGUAAGAGUUGGGGUCACGACGACAGAUUUGACCGGGAUUACGACCAAGAUAGGCAUGGAGCUCGUUCAGUGUCAAAUAACACAGGCAAUUCUCAAUUCUCAAAUUGAAUGAAUGUGAAUGGUAAGGCAGUAAUUAUACAAUCAAGAAAGAAUGAGGUAAUUAUUGAUAAAGUUAGAUUGAUAUAUGUUGCAGGUCAAAUAUCAAUAAUUCU